AUGCCGGCUAAAGCUGUUUGUGUAUUAAAUGGAGACGUCAGUGGCACUAUAUUCUUCGACCAAAAGGAUGACAAAUCUCCAGUAGUUGUCUCUGGAGAAGUGAAUGGAUUGUCCAAGGGUAAACAUGGUUUCCACGUGCACGAGUUCGGUGACAACACCAAUGGCUGCACGUCGGCUGGACCUCAUUUCAACCCCAACAAUAAGGACCACGGUGCUCCAGAUGCGGCAAUUCGUCACGUGGGAGACCUGGGCAAUAUCGAGGCUACCUCCGAUGGAGGAAAAACAAAAGUAUGCAUCCAGGAUUCACAGAUCUCGCUGUCAGGCCCGAACAGCAUCAUUGGUCGUACAUUAGUUGUUCACGGUGACCCGGAUGACCUUGGUGUUGGUGGCCACGAACUAAGCAAGACCACAGGCAAUGCUGGCGCUCGCAUCGCUUGCGGAGUCAUCGGCUUAGCAAAAUCUUAA